AUGGAGAAUGGGAGAGAUACUAUAAGGAUAGCACCUGCUAGCCUGUCUUCCAGCUCCAGCCCUAGCACCAUGCAAGGCUUGGCAGAACAGCUGAAGUUGGAGGUAAGGGUGGAGAGAAUCAAGAUUUCUCAGGCUGCUUCCAAGCUCCAGCAAUAUUUCAUGCAGAAUGCUUGCAAAGAUGUUUUGAUGGUAGGAGUUCCAGAAGGAAGUAACCCCUUUCCAGAACUUAGGUCCUAUAUUUUAAUAUUAUGGCAGGGGAGAAGUUCACUAAGGAGUGGCCUUCAAGUAUUCUGUGAUUAA